ACCAGUUAGCAGGGUGCUGACAGAAAGGGCAGCAGGUCCAAGGGGAGUUUUUUUUUUAUUUUUAAGGGCCGGGGACGUUAUGUGUAUGUACAUGAAGGAAGAGAGGGAAAAGGAUGUUAUGCAGAAAGAGUGGUGUUUGCUGCAGAGAGUAAUCGAGAAGCUUGAAAUGUCUGUCGUGUCAGCCUGCCUGGAGUGCAUCAGGCUGGAAGGAGGCAACAGCAGGAUGGAAUCGUCAUGUCUGGAUCUGGCUCUGGAAGGUGAGCGUCUCUGCAAGGCCGGCGACUAUCGCACCGGGGUCUCCUUCUUUGAGUCUGCCAUACAAGUUGGGACGGAGGACCUCCAAAUCCUCAGCGCCAUCUACAGCCAGCUGGGAAAUGCCUACUUUCACCUUCAAGAGUAUAAUAAAGCCCUGGAGUACCAUCGGCACGACCUCACACUGACCAGAACAAUUGGAGAUGAACUCGGUGAAGCCAAAGCCAGCGGUAACCUCGGGAACACGUUGAAGCUUCUAGGGCGGUAUGAUGAAGCAGUGGUUUGUUGCCAAAGACAUCUGGACAUUACAAAAGCCAUUUAUGAUAAGGUUGGGCAGGCUCGAGCGCUGUAUAAUUUCGGAAACGUUUACCACGCCAAAGGCAAAAGCAUCUGCUGGAGUGGAGCGGAGCCAGGCGAGUUUCCAGAGGAGGCCCGGGUCGCCCUGAGGAAAGCUGCACAGUACUACGAAGCAAACUUGUGCCUGGCGAAGGAGUUGGGUGAUCAUGCAGCUCAGGGCCGCACCUACGGGAACCUGGGGAACGCGUACUAUCUGCUGGGGAACUUUGAAACCGCAGCCGCUGCACAUCAGAAGCGGCUCCUCAUUGCUAAAGAAUUUGGGGAUAAGUCUGCAGAGCGGCGGGCCCACUGCAACCUGGGUAAUGCUUUCAUAUUCCUCGGGCAGUUUGAAAUCGCAGCUGAUCACUACAAGAGGACUCUGCAGCUGGCCCGGCUUUUGAAAGACAGAGCGGUGGAGGCUCAGGCCUGUUACAGCCUGGGCAACACCUACACACUACUGCAGGACUACGAGAGAGCCAUCGACUAUCACCUCAAACAUCUGGUCAUUGCUCAGGACCUCAGUGACCGAGUCGGAGAAGGAAGAGCCUACUGGAGCUUAGGAAAUGCCCACACUGCCCUGGGGAAUCAUGAGCAGGCCAUGUUCUUCGCUGAGAAACAUCUGGAAAUUGCCAAAGAGACUGGAGAUAAAAGUAGUGAAGUGACAGCCAGGAUGAACUUGUCCGACCUACGGCUGGUCGUGGGCCUCAAGUCCAGCUCUAACGCGCAGAAAAUCUUCGGUAACACCGACAGCCCUGCUCUCCCAGAAGGCCAGCAGUGUUACAUCAACCUACCAGGGGUGAAGUCUUCGUUCAGGAUGAGAGGCAGUGCGGAAAACCUGAAUCAAAGUGCUGAUAAAAAUCAGAGCCGCGAUUUGCAAAUUCACCUAGAUAAAGAAGUGGACUUAUUCCCGGAUCCAUCAAAAAACAACACAAUCAUGGCAUCUACUAAACUCUUCCUCUUCCACCGGCUGAGAAUCAAGAAGCAGAAGGACAGCAAGUCUUCUAAAGACCAGGAGGAAAACCACGCGGAACAUGCGACCUCUGAGGAGGACUCACCUGUGUCCUCUAAGAAAAAUAACCGGGACACUAUUGGAGAGGAUAGCUUUUUCGACCUCCUCUCUCGUUUCCAGGGCAACAGAAUGGACGACCAAAGGUGCACACUGGAUGGCCAGAGCCCUCCUCCUGCCCAUCCCUCUCCCUCCUCCAACUUACCUGUAGCUGAAGGCCAAUGUAUUUCAGAGCACGAAACACCAUCACAGGAUCCUGGACAUUUCCUGGAGCUGCUGGCCAGCUCCCAGGCCCGUCGUCUGGACGACCAGAGAGUCAGCCUCAACCAGUUUCCUGGCUUACGUCUCAACACCUCCAACCCGCCUCGUUUACCCUCCACCUCCAGCACAGACCAGACGCCAUCAAAUGCACUAACAUCCAGUGCGGACAGCAACGACACACCCUCCCUCUACAGCUGCCUGGAGGCCAGUGCUGAGCAGCCCGAAGGGGACGAUGUCUUCUUCGACAUGCUGGUCAAGUGCCAGGGCUCCAGACUGAACGACCAGAGGUGCGCCGCUCCACCUUCUGCAUCAAAGGGACACACGGUUCCAACUGAGGAUUUUUUCAGUCUCAUCCUGCGUUCCCAAUCCAACAGGAUGGAGGAGCAGCGGGUCCCCCCUCCCCCCAACAUCCCUCAGUCCAAACCAGGCUGACUUCACCCAGAGAUUUGUUGUCGUAUCUCAGGAUGUUGAAUGAAGACGCCAACCUCAUUUUAUUUUGAUUUUAUUUUUGUUUUUUCCAAUUCAAAAUUCUGUUUUUUUUUUUUAACCACAACACGGCUGUCGUGGGAUUCUACAAGGCUUCGGGAUCACAGAAACAGGAGCAACCUCUGUGCCGGUCACCUCUGCCGACUCUGGAGGGAUCAAAUCACUCGCACAAACUCUAGGUUGUGGUGGUUCAUGUUGAACCUGAUCAGUUUGUUUUCCACCAUUUCAAACAAAAAACUAAGAGUUGUAAUGUAUUUUAUCAUCAACUGGCAGUAAAACAAACUGGAUGAGUGCAGAGCCUGUCCUGCACGUUAAUUAAGUUGGUCUUAAGAGUGGGAUGUUUUAAUUUGAAUUGACCUCAGAGCGGAUCAGAGACUUUCAAAUGACAAAAUCUGGGAAAAGAAAAUGUCUUCAGACACAAAUAUUUACAGCAUCGGCUUGGAGAUGUUGUUUCUGGAGAGAAAGUGUUUAAAAUUGUUUUAAGAUAAUGAACUGAAAUGUGAUUUUUAUUGUUUUUCAGAAGUGUAACAACAUUUCACAAAUGAUUAACUAGUGUUUGGGAAAAAAAGAAGUCUUUAUUGCUUUUAUACUGAUGUCUUCUCUUGUUAAAGGAGAAAUAA